ACCUCAGACAGCACUUGACUGUAGACUGUAUUAUCUGAUAAUGGCGGGGUGAAGCGAGUGUUGUGCGCGUAGCGUGCAGCAGGAUCUAUGUAGAACGAUUGAUCUGGGCUCUUAAAGCUCGCUUAACACUUUAGACUAAACUGUUAAACCCAUUCUACAAUUCAAGCCGACAAGUUUAGAGAAAUUUCGCUUGAGCAGAUCAACGGAAGAUGGCGGAUAACGGACUUCAGUCCAUGCGAUCCAAAGUACUCGAUGAUCUUAAGAGUAAGAAACAGUUAGAAAAAAUAUCACUAGCAUUCGGACAAAUGAAGACAGAUGAAGAAAGAGUGGCGUUUGCACUUCGACUCCCCUCUGUUCAAGAAAACAUCAUUAUCAAGCAAACUGCAAGUACAAAGAGCUCAAGUACAGCAGCAAGUCUCCGAAAUGAAGGCAACACAUAUUUUCAAAAGAGACAGCUUGGCAGAGCUUUAGAGGUGUACACACAAAGCAUUCUUGUUGCCCCGUCUACAGACCUUAAGGUCCUCUCGCUUGCCUAUGCUAAUAGAUCUGCUGUUCUCUUUCACAUGAAGGAGUAUGAACUUUGUCUUAGAGAUAUUGAGUUUGCACAAAAGAUGAAGUACCCUGGUGAAAUGGUCUAUAAAAUACUUGAUAGGAAAGCAAGGUCUCUUAAGGCUCUGUGUAGAAUAGAAGAAUCCAAAAAGGUUUUUGAAGAGGCCAUUGUUAGCUCGAAAACCUCAAAGCUGAAGAGGAAAGACCGAGAAUCCUGGGUGAAGCAAGUGGAAAAGCAAAUCUCUGAAUGUUCUAACCAAACAGAGAAUUUAAUGAAGUCAGUAACUCACCUUGAAGAAGCAAGAUCAGGAUUUUCAACCCCUGUACAAAAUUAUGGUCUGCAUGAGAAAUUUGUUUCCAUUUCAAAAGCUUUAGAUAUCAAGUAUACUGAGGAAAAAGGCAGACAUACUAUUGCAGCCAGAGAUAUCAAUAUUGGAGAUGUUUUGUUGGUCGAGAAGCCCUUUGCGUCGGUACUUCUGCAAGAACAGUCAAAGUCUCAUUGUCACCAAUGCUUUGUCCACAUUUUAGCUCCACUCCCCUGCUCAUACUGCACAACUGUCAGAUACUGCAGUGAGAAAUGCGCCAAGGAAAGCUGGGAUGCCUACCACUACGCUGAAUGUACGAAUCUAGAGCAUGUAUAUGUGGCUGGUAAGUAUGGUCACCUGGCGUUACGUGUGGUGGUAAAAGCUGGCUUUCAGUACUUGAAAGCUUCAGUGAAGCAAUUUGAAUCAGAGGGAAAGAAAUGUGAUCCAGCAGAACUUGGGUGUAACCCUGAUGGGGUCUAUGACCCAUCCGACUACAGGCCUAUUUACCACCUUGUGGGCCACACCCAUGAAAGGACACUUAAUGAUUUGUUUGUUCGGACACUCAAUGCCAUUUACUUACUAAGAUGUUUAGAGGGAACAGAGUAUUAUGGGGAUUCAACAAAGCUGCCUUCUCGUGAAGACCAAUCGUUUAUUGGUGGCCUUUUGCUGCGUCACCUGCAAAGCCUUCCAUGUAAUGCUCAUGAGAUCUCAGAGCUCCAGCUGUCACUCAAGUCAGUAGCCACAUCAGAGGCUGCUGAGAUAGGUGCUGGCAUCUAUGGCACCCUGAGUUUGUUCAAUCACUCGUGUGAGCCAAAUGUUACCAGGUUUUUCUAUGGUGACAAAUGUGUGGUGAGAGCAUUUAGCAGUAUUCCAUGCAGAGGGGAAGUAGUAGAUAACUAUGGAAUUCUGAGUGCUCUGACACCUCGCAAGCAGAGGCAAGAGAGCUUGCAGUCACAAUACUACUUCAAGUGCAACUGCCAUGCAUGCCUGGAGGACUCCCCUCUUUACUCAGAGUUGAUCAAACAAGAUGUACCUCAACUUAAGUGUGCAAAUUGUAGUAUGGCCUUAGCAGGGGAAAUCUUGACAGAUGGCAAGCUAGUAAAAUGUGAGAAGUGUGGUGUUCCACAAAGUCUUGAGGAUAAGGCAAACCUACUCAGGAAGUCUGAGGUUGAGUAUAAUGAGGCCAUGACCAAGCUUCUUGGUGAAGCAGAUGUGAGCUCGGCCCUGCCCAGACUAGAGGGGCAUCUGAGAGUCCUGGAAGAGUGUGUGUGCAUGCCUUGGCAAGGGUUUAAUAGCACACAAGAGUUGAUGAAGCAGGGCUAUAACAUGCUUGCUAACUGUCAUCUGAUAGAAUAAUAUAAUGACUAGAUAGAUGUGAAGUCUGUUUUUGUUUACAUUAGUUGCCACUAUGUAAUUAAGAAAUGUUAUCUCACCUAUGCUGGUUUACAUACAAUCAAAUAGCUAGGUUUUCGGGGGGGGAGGGGGGGGGGGGAGUGAGCAGGUGGUUCAGGUCUUCUAGAAAGGAAGAUGGAACAAGUUGUUUUCUUCUUGGAGUGCUCGGCUGUCUGAAGGUGACUGAAGUUCAGUUGACUUAGAUCAGUUGUUUUAAUAACUAAAAAAUUUUUAAAUCUCAAUGAGAAGUUUACCACCUAUUAAUUCACCUAAGGCAAAUAUUGUAAUUUGAUAAGGUCUAAGGGCUGCAGUUGAAUCAAACAGUUUGUAUCAGCCUUGCUAGCUGCCUUAUUUCAAGAAUAAUAGUUGACAAGUAAUAUAUACAAAUGUUUAUGAUUUGUAGUAAUAAAAAUUUGCAAUAAGUC